AUGGGUAAAGCGGAAAAGGGAUCAAUCAAGGCUUUGGCCAACAAGGCCAAGUCUAAAGGACUUCAGAAGUUGAAAUGGUAAGUCAAAGAAACAUAUUUUUAUAUUGAAAACAUACUUAAAACUACAUUUUUUUUGUUUGCAGGUUUUGUCAAAUGUGUCAGAAACAAUGUAGAGAUCAAAAUGGGUUCAAAUGCCAUUUAACAAGUGAAGCUCAUCAACGUCAACUUCUGUUGUUUGCUGAGAAUCAAACGUCUUAUUUGAAGCAGUUCAGCAAAGAAUUCGAAUCGAACUUCUUACAUGUAAGCAGUUUUUAUGUUUAUAUUAUAGUUUUAGAUAUUGAAAAAUACUUUUGGGGGCAAGAGAGUUCGAGCCAAUGAUGUUUAUCAGGAUCUCAUCAAAGACAAAGGCCAUAUUCACAUGAAUUCGACAGUGUGGCACACUUUGACGGGCUUUAUCCAUCAUCUUCAAGAGUCUGGUAAAUGCAGGAUUGACGAGACUGAAAAAGGUAUGUUUGGAUUGUUUUUAAGUUUUUCUUAUGGUUUUUGCUCAAUAUUUGAUUUUUUAAAAGUAAACUACUUUGUUGAUAAAUGUUUAAUUUUAAGGAUGGUUUGUCCAACUGAUAGAUCAAGAAGAGGAGAUGAGAAAGGAAAAGACGUUAAGAAGAGCUAAACAAGAGAAAACAGACGAUGAAAGGAUGGAAGAUUUGCUUCAGCGACAGAUGGAGAGGUAUGUCAAUGUUAUAUUAUUUUACAGUUGUAAAAAAACCGUAUUUUUAACAAUUAUAGCACGUGGGCAUUGGCUAUUAUAUUAUAAAAUGUAUUUAAGAGCUAUGGAAACAGCAAAUGAAGAGCUGUUAAAUCAAUUGGAACCAGAAGAGUUGGUACGAGACGAAGACGCUAAACCUAUAGUGUUCAACUUUAAAGCCACUACUUCUGAAAGUAGUUUUAAAGUUACAGAAGAGACAGUUAAGGUGAAAAAAGAGGGAGUUAAGAAGGAGAAGGUAGAAGAAAAGCCAGCUCUAGACGUCAAACGAAAAGAUUAUGGAGGUUCAUCGAGGGAUAGGAAACCACAAAGUAAGUGGAUCUUUCAAUAAUUAUGUUUAAAUUUCUGUAAAUGUUCGUACUCUUGGCGUGUUGUUAAGGUGCUUAUAAAGAAUAUAGUGAAAUAUUUCUUUAUAGGUUCCAAAAGAUCAGCGUUGGAUGAGUUGAAAAUGGAGGAAGAAAGAUUCAAGGAGAAGAAGAACCGCAAGGAUCACUGGCUUCACAAAGGAAUUGUCGUCAAAAUAGUCACCAAGAAGUUGGGCAGUGAAUACUACGAAAGCAAAGGUGUUGUAACUAGAGUAAAAGACACCUACGGAGCAGUUAUUGAGUUAGAUGAUACUGGUGACGAAGUCAUUCUGGAUCAGAAGUAUCUGGAGACCGUGAUACCCAAAGUAGGGAGAGAUAUGAUGAUAGUAAAUGGUGCCUACCGAGGAGAAAUAGCAGUUCUAGAGGAGAUUCUCACAAGAGAUUACUCUGUUAAACUACGUAUCAAACAGGGGACACGGAACGGUAGGAGCGUCACUGUUCCCUACGAAGACGCUUCGAAAUAUGUACAGUAA